UUAGUUGACCUUGGACCGUAUUCUGUCCUCGGCCUCCUACUUCUAACUAGUUAUUUAAUCGAUCUAUACAUAUUGUAUCAGUAUGAUUAGUAUACAUAGUUAAUGAAGGGGAGAUCGAUGAUCACGUUUUUAAAGAUAAAAUUAUUUGUUUAAUGAUUGAAACAAUCUUUAAAAAACAAAUUACCACCCCCUCAUUUAGUCAUUCCAUCUCUCUUAGCAGAUCCACCUUCCAUCACCCACAGUCGCUUUUACUACACGCAUGUCUGUAUCUUGACAAUAGGAUACUGCAAAACGUCUUGAGUUCCAUCAUGGGAAGAGACAAAGGAGAGAGAUGAACAAGAGUGGGAACUUUGGGUCUUCUGCCGAAUAAUCAUUAAGUGUUGCAAAUGUUGAAUUGCGAACGGGCAAGCCCAUCCACGAUCAUGUUCAACGGCGAUGGCGGUGCAGGCGGUGGCCUCGAGGAACUCAUCUCGCAAUCCAUCCAGAAAAGAGACAUCUUCGAUCAGCAUUCACAUAGCUUCAACGAUGCCACCAUUGCUACUCCCGUUAUUAACUCCCAUGACUUGUUCCACCCGCACCACCGCAUGCUAAAUAACCCCAACUUCUACGACCCACCACCGUCUGCCGUCGAUUGCGUCAGCCCUCCAUCUCCAUUUCCUCCACCUCUACACUCACUCGAUACGAAUCAGGCCGGGUUCUUUCUCAUGCCGAAACUUGAACAUUAUGGCUGUAACAUCGACUUCAGUAACAGUCUGAAUCUUAUUGGGCUGAACUUGGCUGGACAUACGUACUUUCCGGUCGGGGAGGAUGAUAUUAUGAAUCAGCUUGGCCGCCGGUCGAGGUCACUGGAAGCCGGUUUGAUGAACUCCCCGAGAUGUCAGAUUGAAGGGUGUAAUGCCGAUCUUUCCCUUGCUAAACACUACCACCGCCGGCAUAAGGUUUGUGAGUUUCACUCCAAGGCGUCCAUCGUCCUCGCCGCGGGUUUGACUCAGCGAUACUGCCAACAGUGCAGCAGAUUCCAUAUUCUGGAGGAGUUCGAUGAAGGGAAGAGAAGUUGUCGGAAAAGAUUGGCUGAUCACAAUCGCCGGAGAAGAAAGUCGUCGCAAAAUGAAUCAACAAUGCUCAUAAACGACCAACCUUGAAAAAUGGUCUCUCGUGGGCUCAAUCUCCACCACGAACCUCAUAGAUUGUUCUUAAAGAUUGUCCGAUUAUCAAAGGGGAUAUAAGUUAUUCAUUAGCAUCAUAUAUCUAUUUUUAACUCGAAUGUAUAAAUGGGAUUAUAUGAGUCUUAUUAGCAGUGAACGUCUUAGUUAUAAGUAAUUGGAAUACCAUAUUAUGAUUCAUAAACUUUAUACUUGUAUUAUCUUUUAUUUUGAAGUAUUCCAAAUGUUAAAAAGACUGAGGAGGUCGAGGUUUAAGUCCAUUCUGGAACAUAUAUGUAAUUAAGAGUAGUUUUAACACUAGAUUAGAUUUAUCAUUUAAGAAAAAGUGUUUUAAAGUCAGUGAUGUGAAAAUCCAUAAGAGAUGUUCUAGUGUAGUA